AGUUUCGGACUGGUUUCAGUGAUCAGUUUAGCGUGUACUGGUGUAGUUGUCCAGCUCGUCAUGUGAAUGUCAGUGAAACUCAGUGGCAGCUCGCGGCAUAGCUGCAGUCAUGGAGUACUGCUGGACGAUUUUCCUCGGAGGAUUAUACAAUCCUGUGGCUUUUUAUGAUGUUUUCCAGACACAGAUUGAAGCGUUUUCUGGAAAUGAAGGAUAAUUUUUGUUCACUUUCGUUGUUUCUGGACCUUCCUUGAGCUGAAAGCGACUUUUAACAAGGACUUAACUUCAUAUGCUAACUGAAGCUAACGUUAACUCAAAUCAAUGCCAGUCUCUUCCAAGACAGAAAGUGUUUUAUCACAACAUUUGUGUGAUCUCAGUUUAUAUUUCUUGUCAUGUAUUUAUGUUAGUAUAUAAAGAUAGCAUUCCUGGAAGUCAGAGAGUUUAAUAUGAAUUCAUCGGUGGAUUUAUCGCUGAAGAAAGCGUUGAAAACUCCUCCAUCGCGACGAACGGCUGAGGAUCUGAACACCAUCUACACUCACCUGUACCAUAUGGAUGUGCUGUCUCACCUCAGAGAACAUCAGCUCAGGUCCAUGUGUAUGACAGCGAGGUACCAGCAUUAUGAAGCCAACCGUAUUCUCUUUAAUGCGGACACCAUCUCCACGUGCUGGUACAUCCUGCUGACGGGCUCUGUGUUUGUGAAGGAGCACAUGUACCUGGCAAGAUGCUGUUUUGGGAGGCAGCGUGGAGGAAGACGAGGCUGUGAAUGCAUCACUCUAGAGCCGUCAGAAAUGAUUGUGGUGGAAAACACCAGCGACAGCGAGGACGCUGCCCAACAGAGAGAUGGAUCUGAGCGACACUCACGACGGCACUUUCGUAAGGUCAAUCCUCGAGGUGAACGACAGCUGAUAACAGACUCAAAUCAGGAUCAUUCACAGACGGAUUAUGCAGAUGAGCAGCUUCCUGGUGACCUCAGCAAGAUGCACCUGACAGAUCAUCCCCAUGUGCCACCCAGCCAAUCAGGAUGCAGCAUUGCCAGUGACUCGGGGAGCAGCAGCUUAUCAGACAUUUACCAGGCCACCGAGAGUGAGAUGGGUGAUGUGGAUCUCUCCGGUCUACCUGAAGCUCCUGUGGACUCCGAGGAAGAAGAGGAAGAUGAAGACAUUGAGCGUUCCUCUGAGGCUCUUCUGGCCCGAGAUCUGGUGCGCGAGUGUCUGGAGAAGGAUGCUGUGGAUCGGACUGACGAUGAUAUCGAGCAGCUCCUGGAGUUUAUGCAUCAGCUGCCGGCGUUUGCUAACAUGACCAUGUCUGUCAGGAGAGAGUUGUGUCGGGUCAUGAUGUUUGAAGUGGUGGAACAGGAAGGAACCAUCAUACUCCAGGACAAACAGGAGUUGGAUUUGUGGUAUGUGAUCCUUAAUGGUGCUGUAGAGAUAAGCUAUGGAGACGGCCGAGCAGAGAUCCUGUGCAUGGGGAACAGUUUCGGCAUCACGCCGUCUUUAGACCGACAGUUCAUGAGCGGUGUGGUGCGCACCAGAGGAGAUGACUGCCAGUUCGUGUGCAUCGCUCAGGAGGAUUACUGCCGCAUCCUCAACCAUGUGGAGAAAAACACGCACAAGGUGGAGGAGGAGGGUGAGAUUGUCAUGGUGAAGGAGCAUCGAGAGCUGGACCGCAGCGGCACAAGGAAGGGACAUGUUGUUAUUAAGGGCACACCUGAGCGUCUCAUCAUGCAUCUGGUGGAGGAGCCGUCGGUUGUAGAUCCCACUUACAUUGAGGACUUCCUGCUCACAUACCGAACUUUCCUAUCCAGCCCCAUGGAAGUGGGCAAGAAACUUCUUGAAUGGUUUAAAGUGGACACUCUUAGAGACACGGUGACGAGAAUCGUGUUGUUGUGGGUAAACAAUCAUUUUAAUGAUUUCGAAGGAGAUCCCGUCAUGACUCAGUUCUUGGAAGACUUUGAGAAGUUACUGGAUUCCUCU